AUGGCGCGCAGGGCCGAGCCCCCCGACGGGGGCUGGGGGUGGAUGGUGGUGCUGUCCGCCUUCUUCCAGUCGGCGCUGGUGUUCGGGGUGCUCCGUUCUUUCGGCGUCUUCUUCGUGGAGUUAGUGGCGGCGUUCCAAGAGCAGGCGGCGCGGGUCUCCUGGAUCGCCUCCAUAGGGAUCGCCGUGCAGCAGUUCGGGAGCCCCGUGGGCAGCGCCCUGAGCACGAAGUACGGGCCCAGGCCCGUGGUGAUGGCUGGGGGCAUCUUGGCUGCGUCGGGGAUGCUGCUCGCCUCCUUUGCUACCUCCGUGACCCACCUAUACCUGAGCAUUGGGCUGCUGUCAGGCUCUGGCUGGGCCUUGACCUUCACUCCGACCCUGGCUUGCCUGUCCCGUUACUUCUCUCGGAGGCGAUCCCUGGCCACGGGGCUGGCACUGACCGGCGUGGGUCUCUCCUCCUUUGCCUUUGCCCCACUUUUCCAGUGGCUGGUCAGCCGCUACGCCUGGCGGGGGGCACUGUUGCUGGUGUCUGCCCUCUCCCUCCACCUGGUGGCCUGCGGGGCACUCCUCCGCCCACUCUCCCUGACGGAGGACCCUGCUGUGGGCGGCCCUGGGGCCCAACUCUCUUCCCUCCUCCGCCACGGCCCCUUCCUUCGUUACACUGUGGCCCUCACCCUGAUCAACACUGGCUACUUCAUCCCCUACGUGCACUUGAUGGCCCAUCUCCAGGACCUGGACUGGGAACCUCUGUCUGCUGCCUUCCUCCUCUCGGUGGUGGCUGUGUCUGACCUCGUGGGACGUGUGGCUUCUGGGUGGCUGGGGGACACCGCCCCAGGACCUGUGGCUCGACUCCUAAUGCUUUGGACCACCCUGACCGGGGUGUCACUGGCCCUGUUCCCCGUGGCUCGGACUCCCACGGCCCUGAUGGUUCUGGCCGUGGCCUAUGGCUUCACAUCAGGGGCCCUGACCCCCGUGGCCUUCUCCGUGUUGCCUGAACUGGUGGGCACUGGAAGGAUAUACUGUGGCCUGGGACUGGUGCAGAUGGUAGAGAGCAUCGGGGGGCUGCUGGGGGCCCCUCUGUCAGGCUACCUCCGAGAUACGACAGGCAACUACACAGCUUCUUUUGUGGUGGCCGGGGCCUUCCUUCUCGUGGGGAGUGGGAUUCUCAUCACACUGCCUCACGUCUUCUGCUUCUCAGCCUCUGCCUCCAAGCCCCAGGACCCCAAGACGGAUGCAGUGGAUACCAAGGUCUCUCUCACCAAGGAAGGGCUGCAGGAGGACUGAACUCUGCAAAGGGACUGUCAGACCCAGAAAGCCAGAGGGCGCAAGCUCUCAGGGCCUUCGGUCCCAUCCUGGUGCCCACAGAACCGCAGUGCCCAAGAACAAGGCCUCUUGGCCCGCCUCCCCCCCGGGGCAGUGUGUUGCCUGUGCCAACCUUUCUUGUCUCGUUGAGGACUCGUAGCUCUUCCUUGCUCCCACGACCUUUCCUGGAGGAUCCCGGAGCUCAGCCUGCUCCCCUGCGCUGUGAAUCAGCCGUGAACACCCAAAGCCAAGAUCUUCACGUGCCUUACAUGUGAUUUCUACUUUGCUGCCCUUCCAGCUUUCUUCUCUGAAGACCGAUGUUUGGGAGAGAGGGAAGCCCUUCUGAGAUAAACCUAAAGAAGGAAACUGGAUAAUAAUGAGAACCUCACAAAGA